CUUCUAAGUACAUUCUUCUCACAACACCACACUCUCUUCAUUUCCUUAAACAUGACAACAACACUCUCUUCCCUUUUCUUCCUCUUCUCUCUCCUCACCUUUUCUCUCAUUUCCUCUUCACCCCUUCAAGACCCUCAUUUGGUUACUCAAGAAGUUAACAGGAAAAUCAAUGGCUCAUUAGCUAGGAGGAAUUUGGGAUAUCUCUCAUGUGGGAGUGGAAAUCCAAUUGAUGAUUGUUGGAGAUGUGACAAAAAUUGGGAACAAAACAGACAAAGACUAGCAGAUUGUGCAAUUGGGUUCGGCAAAAACGCGAUCGGUGGUAAAAACGGUAAAAUUUACGUCGUAACGGAUUCCGGCGAUGACGAUCCCGUGAACCCGAGACCCGGUACAAUCCGUUACGCGGUAAUUCAAGAUGAACCAUUAUGGAUAAUUUUUGCAAGAGACAUGGUGAUUCAACUAAAAGAAGAACUUAUAAUGAAUUCUUUUAAGACAAUUGAUGGAAGAGGAGCUAGUGUUCAUAUUGCUGGUGGUCCUUGUAUAACAAUUCAAUAUGUAACUAAUGUUAUAAUACAUGGUAUACAUAUACAUGAUUGUAAACAAGGUGGUAAUGCUAUGGUGAGAGACUCCCCACGGCAUUAUGGGUGGAGAACAGUAUCGGAUGGUGAUGGUGUGUCUAUCUUUGGUGGAAGUCAUGUUUGGGUGGAUCAUUGUUCUUUGUCUAACUGUAAUGAUGGUUUAAUUGAUGCAAUUCAUGGGUCCACUGCAAUUACAAUUUCUAACAAUUACAUGACACAUCAUGAUAAAGUCAUGCUUUUGGGUCAUAGUGAUACUUAUACUCAAGACAAGAACAUGCAAGUCACUAUUGCUUUUAAUCACUUUGGUGAAGGUCUUGUUCAAAGAAUGCCAAGAUGUAGGCAUGGUUAUUUCCAUGUGGUGAACAAUGACUACACUCACUGGGAAAUGUAUGCUAUUGGAGGAAGUGCUAAUCCUACCAUCAAUAGUCAAGGAAACAGAUUUGUUGCCCCCGAUGACAGAUUCAGCAAAGAGGUGACAAAGCAUGAGGAUGCACCAGAAGAUGAAUGGAAGGGAUGGAAUUGGAGAUCAGAAAAUGACUUAUUGGUAAAUGGUGCAUUUUUUACAAAAUCAGGAGCAGAAGGAGCAUCAUCAAGCUAUGCAAGAGCAUCAAGUUUAAGUGCAAGACCAUCUUCUCUAGUUGGUACAAUAACUACUGGUGCUGGUGUACUCACAUGUAGAAAGGGUUCUAGUUGCUGAUUAUGACCCCUCAAGAAAACUUUGCAGGCUGGUCAAUUAAUUAAUUUGAAAAAGAAAUAUCAAUUUAAGGGAGGAAGUUGAAAAAGAAUGAUAACAACUCUAUAUAGAAUUAUUAUAGAAUAUGGGUUUGGUCAUUUCUUUGGCUAGGAAAAAUAUAUUUUGAUUUCCAUUUUACUUUCUUCCUCAAUUUUUUUACUUUUGGUUUUUUAUGAUUUGAUGUAGUAGUUUUUUUCUUAAUGAUGAUGAUUAUUACAACCUCUACCUAUGUUAAGUUAACAACCUCUUGGAAUCAAGCAAGUGUAGAAGAGUUGAUAUUGAAAUGAUAUUGUGAAAUUAUUAUGGUUA